AUGAAGCCUUCACUGCUAGUCUUCGCUCCCAAAGGAGACACUGAUAUAAUUCUGAGAAAGCCCAACUUUCGCAGCCACCAGAAAUCGUCGCCACAAGCUGCUGAUCCGAUUGCUGGCGCGGAAGAGAAUGACGAGCACGCAGAACAAGAGCUGCAAGACGACCAAAACGAGCCUCAGCUACCCGUGGUAGAGGAGUUCAACGACGUCACAGCUUCGAUAGCAAGCCUCAAUGAUCUGAAAAACCUAAAACCAUCCAACGAGGACGGGCAAAAUGUCGAACUACGCUAUCGCGUUUCAUCAGCACACUUGAUGCUUGCGUCACCCGUCUUCAGGGUGAUGCUCGAUGGCCCAUUCAAAGAAAGCUCUCGUGACGAGGAUGGUCGUUUUGAAGUCAAGACUUCCGAGUGCAGCGCCCAAGCGCUGCUUAUCUUACUAGAUAUUAUACAUGGGCACCAUAGAGAUGUCCCAAAGACCAUGGAGUUCAGCCUAUUGACGGAAAUGGCUAUACUUGUUGACUAUUACGAGUGCCAUGAGAUCGUGGAGAUGUUUGCUGAGAACUGGAUCGCCUCUACCAUCCAGAAAGAAGAAAUAGAAGGAUCUGAUUACCAGACGAAUAUAUCUCGACUAUUCAUCAGCUGGGUCUUUGGGAAGAUCGAGCUGUUCAACCCUGUUGUCUAUUCGAUUCUGAAAUUGACCGCAGGGCCGAUACGAACAGACCUGCCUCUCCCUAGUACCAUUUUGGACUCACUAGAACGAUGUAGACAGACUAUGACGCAGAAGUUCCUGGAUAGCAUUUAUGAGCUACUCGAUUCGUUCUGGAGCAGUGAUGAAGGCUGUGACGCGGAAUGUACCGCCAUCAUGCUAGGGAUGCUAAUAAAGCAGAUGCUUAGGUUCGGUUUGGAGGUCCCGCGCCCCAUGAGCGGCCGUCCGGUUCAAGAAAAGAGCCUUUUGCAUCUCUACGAGUUCUCGGCUCAACUUAGAUCGCCAAGUUGGAGACAUAUAAAACCAUGGCUGGAAACACUGUCCAAGGUCGAUAUCUGUCAUGGUGUCAGAUUCGAAGAUUUCAAGCUGGGCACUUUCAAGCUGGGCACUUCGGUGCCUAAGGACGUCGCAUCAGAGUUCUUAAAGAAGGGCAUGAAAAAGCGAAAGCGCAACAACCGUGAUCUCUUCCGAGGGUGA